UUCCGCGCGGGGCUUUCUCCGGCGCGGCGGCCGGCGCUGGUGUCCUGGGAAUCCCUUGGCCGCUCCGUCCGGCAUCCCGGCGGUCCCGUGGGCUGCUGCGGGUGGGCAGGGGCCGGCGGCGGCCACGCGAGCCGGAGUUUCCCGGUUAUCCGCAGGAGUCGGCGUCGGGCUUUGGGCUCCGUUGUCCCCGGCACCGGCGGGGAGCAUCCUUCUCCGGGGAGCCCGCCCCGAGCCCAGGAAAAACAAAAUGAAGGAACUAGUGUCAAACAGUACAACCAGUAUUUCUCAAGCCAGGAAAGCUGUGGAGCAAUUAAAAAUGGAAGCAUACAUGGAUAGAAUAAAGGUAUCCAAGGCUGCAGCAGAUUUAUUGGCAUAUUGUGAUGCACACAUUGGAGAAGAUCCCCUUAUUAUUCCUGUACCUGCAUCUGAAAAUCCCUUUAGGGAGAAGAAACUCUUUUGUACUAUCCUUUGA